UCGAACCCCUUCGGGGGCCGCGCUCGCGACACUCCGGGUUGCAGUCUGCAUUGCGCAGUCCACAGGGGUAUCACACCAGGACCCGAGUUCCCUGUUCUCGCUGUACGUUACAUUACACCGGAGACAGCAGCACGCGUUGACAAACCCGCACACUCGACAGGAAGGGCUUUCUAUAUAACCGGCUGGCCUGCACCUUGUACCUUCGUACGCGAGGAGGAGGAGCGGAAAAAUGUGGGGCAGAGCAAACAUGGCGGCUGUGACCCUGCUCCUUCAGCUCGGCUGGAUCUGCAUCUUCGCUCGAGCCGACGGUGCCCGAGGCUCCGGUGGUCCGCCGAAGCCGCAGGCGAGCGAUGCCCACGCGAUGCUGGACAGGGCGAUCGAUUGGCUGUGGAGUAAACGGGACAGGGACGCCGGCUGGGGCAACGACACGCACCGGGUGCUAUUGGCCCUGAGGAUGGCCAACCUGUCGCGGGACGACAACACGCCCCAGGCGCCGGGUCUGGACAUGCGGCUCAGCGCCAAGCAGAUGGAACUCGAGAUCGUCACGAUGCUCUUGAGACACCGGGAGAUGGGUAGCUCGCCGACGCGGUUGGCGCGUUACGCGCUCACGUUGAACGCCAUGUGCAUGGACCCGAGGCAGUUCCACGGCCACGAUCUCAUAGGUACGAUACAGCACCACGAGCUGCCGAUCGACUACGAGUUUGCUCUCACCGCGCUCGCGGCCUGCAGCGCACAGGCCCACAUGAGGAAGCGGCACAUGCGCCGGCUGCUCGACAUCACCCACACGGCCCAGCACCACAACAUCGAAACCGUGGCGAUGGGCAUAACGACGCUGCGGUGCAUAGUCCAGGACCACAGGCACCGAAACCUCCAGCACUUUGUGCGCAAGCCCUCGACCAACCUGGCCCAGCGUCAGCGCCGGGACGGGGGCUUCGGGGAGCUGCGCGCCACCGCCGAGGCGAUGCAAGCCCUCGAGGAGUCCGAGAACGAGCCGAUAGCCAACUGGAACAGAUCCGCGGCUCUGCUCUGGCUGGCUGGCCGGCAGCGCCGGGACGGCUCUUUCGACGCCGACGUCAGGACCACCGCCGAGGUCGUCCUCGGUCUCGCGCCCCGGAAAAUCGCGAGCAUCAGGACCCUCGACUGCGGCCAGCCCGCGACGGACGGACCCCCCCAACAGCCGAGGGUCGUCGCCGCUCCCGGCAACCACACCGCGGGAGAGGGCUUGUCGACGUCGCCGGUGCUCCCAACCACUGCUGGCAGUCUUAGAUCCACCAGCCCUGGCAGCGCUAGUUCUACCACCACCACCACCACCAUUACCACGACCACUACCAGUAGUAGCAGUAGUAGGGUCCCCGUGAGGUUUAGCGGCAGCGUAGCUACGACGUUGGCCAAGUUCGAGGAGUCGACCCUGCCGAGCGCCUACAUAAUUGGCCAGCAGCACGGUCAGGCUCCGUUGGUCAACGUGACGUAUACCCUGUGGGUGGGCAGCGACGUCAAGGAGAUGUACAACUUGAGCAUCAGCGCCCCGAAGAACGAGACUUUUUACGAGGUGAUGGUACUGGCGGCCCAGCGCUCCCCCAACUUUCAAUUUUCGGCUUACGAGUGGCCGAACGGCCACUACGUUCACACGCUGGCCGGCUAUAAGGAGGAGCCCAUGUCUUACCACUACUGGCUCCUUUACAGGCUGCCCACGCCGCCCGAGGCAGCCUCGCCGCCCGGCAACACCCUCGUCGCUCCUGGAGGAGUGGACGAUUUGCAUAUCAGCAAUGGCGAGCACUAUCUUUUCUGGUACAAAAAGCUCUAAGGGGGUUCGAUGGAGAAAGUGCGUUCGAGUGAAAGGCAGCGACGAUGAUUCAAGAAAUUUUAUCUGAUAAACCAAAGUAUUUAGAGAAAAAGAGAGAUAAAUGAAGAGUGUGUGUGUUUGCGUGACUCUGCGAUUGGUGGUACGUGUGGCUGUGCAACGAUGAUAUAGUACACAAUAAAAAACAUACAUAUACAAUUAUAAACACAUAUAAAUAUUAUAUAUUAUUGUACCGAUCGUGAUUUAGAGACUGCAAGUCUAUAUUAUGUAACGAAUAUCAUUGAGUAAGAAUUUAUUAUUUAGUGAGGAAAAGCAAAAUAUUAUAUUGAAUACAAUAAUGCGACGAUUGCCAUUUGUAGGUACGGCGAGUUUGAAGAUAUCAAAUUCUAAUCGUAUAUAAAUAAUAAUAAUUAUAACAAUAAUAAUAAUAAUGAUACAUAGUUAAAAAGUAAUUUAGCUGAUACGG